AUGCUGAAGAAGACUACUGGUCCUGUGGGAUUGGCUGUAUGCAGCAGUCCACAUGAGAGGCUAAGAAUAUUGCACAAAAAGAUUCUUGAUGUUCUUGAGCAAACCCUAAAAAAUGCAGUAUAUAAAAAGUAUACAGAACAGAUUACAAAUGAGAAGCUGGCUAUGCUUAAAGUGGAACCAGAUGUUAAAAAAUUAGAAGGCCAACUUCAAGGUGGCCAAAUAGAAGAGGCAAUUUAUCAGGUUGAGAAUGAACUAAGUCUGGUGAGAAAAAUGAUGCAGUGGAAACCAUGGGAGGCUUUAAUGGAAGAGCUUCCUGCCAAUCAGUGGAAACAACCAAUAUAA